GCGGCCGGAGGGACCAUGGGCGGCGCGGCGCGGGCGGGCCCGGCCCGGCUCGCCGCGCUCGCGCUACUGACAUGCAGCGUGUGGCCGGCUCGGGCCGACAACGCAAGCCAGGAGUACUACACGGCGCUCAUCAACGUGACGGUGCAGGAGCCCGGCCGCGGCGCCCCCCUCACGUUCCGCAUAGACCGCGGGCGCUACGGGCUGGACUCACCUAAGGCCGAGGUGCGCGGCCAGGUGCUGGCGCCGCUGCCCAUCCACGGAGUUGCUGAUCAUCUGGGCUGUGAUCCUCAAACACGGUUCUUUGUUCCUCCUAAUAUCAAACAGUGGAUUGCCUUGCUGCAGAGGGGAAAUUGUACAUUUAAAGAGAAAAUAUCACGGGCUGCUUUCCACAAUGCAGUUGCUGUAGUCAUCUACAAUAAUAAAUCCAAAGAGGAACCAGUCACCAUGACUCAUCCAGGCACUGGAGAUAUUAUUGCUGUCAUGAUUACAGAAUUGAGGGGUAAGGAUAUUUUGAGUUAUCUGGAGAAAAACAUCUCUGUACAAAUGACAAUAGCUGUUGGAGCUCGUAUGCCGCCAAAGAACUUCAGCCGUGGCUCUCUAGUCUUCGUGUCAAUAUCCUUUAUUGUUUUGAUGAUUAUUUCUUCAGCAUGGCUCAUCUUCUACUUCAUUCAGAAGAUCAGGUACACAAAUGCACGUGACAGGAAUCAGCGUCGUCUUGGAGAUGCAGCUAAGAAAGCCAUCAGCAAGUUGACAACCAGGACAGUAAAAAAGGGUGAUAAGGAAACAGACCCUGACUUUGAUCAUUGUGCAGUCUGCAUAGAGAGCUAUAAGCAGAAUGAUGUUGUCCGAAUUCUGCCCUGCAAGCAUGUUUUCCACAAAUCCUGCGUGGACCCCUGGCUUAGUGAACAUUGUACCUGUCCUAUGUGCAAACUUAAUAUUUUGAAGGCCUUGGGAAUUGUGCCAAAUUUGCCGUGUACUGAUAACGUAGCAUUUGAUAUGGAAAGGCUCACCAGAACCCAAGCAGUUAACCGAAGAUCAGCCCUCAGUGACCUUGCCAGCGACAGCUCUCUUGGCCUUGAGCCACUUCGAACUUCGGGGAUAUCGCCUCUUCCUCAGGAUGGAGAACUUACUCCUAGAACAGGAGAAAUCAACAUUGCAGUAACAAAAGAAUGGUUUAUUAUUGCCAGUUUUGGCCUCCUCAGUGCUCUCACACUCUGCUACAUGAUCAUCAGAGCCACAGCUAGCUUGAAUGCUAAUGAGGUAGAAUGGUUUUGAAGAUGAAAAAAAACUGCUUUCUGACUGACUGCCUUGAAAGAAAAAAGAACCUAUUUUUGUGCAUCAUUUACCAAUCAUGCCAUACAAGCAUUUAUUUUUAGUACAUUUUAUUUUUUCAUAAAAUUGCUAAUGCCAAAGCUUUGUAUUAAAAGAAAUAAAUAAUAAAAA